AUGAAAUCAUGUUUAUAAUUAAUAAACUUGCAGAGAAAGCAAAUAUGUUCAAUUAAAUCUUUAUACAAUUAACAGCAAAUGAGAUUUUCUCAAAAGAUUGAGGAGAGUAGUGUAUUGUUAAUGAAAGAUCAAGACGAUAAAAGCUCUUAUGAGACAUUUGAGUAGAAAAAAAACUUAGUGCUCGUUGAAGAUAAAUUUACUGAUUUUUAGAAAACUUUUGGUUUUUAUGAAAAUAUUGAAGAAUUAAAAAAAGUUAAUGAAUAAAAGGAAAAGAGGAGAUUUUACAGUUAUGGCUUAGGUGCCCUAGUUGGUAUUGGUAUAGUAACUGGAGUAUUACUUAUUGGUAUUGAUCCUGCUAUUGAUAAAUCAUUAAAAAGAGCUUACUAUGUUCACUCUUGCAACUUAAAAUUGAAAAAAUAAAAUAUUAUUAAUUUAAGAGGCACUUCUAAGAAAAAAUUAAAAAUUAUUGAAGAAUAUUUUGAAAAUAUGAAAAAAGUGAAUUCUAAAUAACCAGCAUACAAUUUAUAUUUAGUAGAAGAAAUAAGGUCUAUAAUUCAAAGGCAUUCUAUUUUAAAUGAUUAACAAAUUAUCACGGAAUGUAUAAAAUAUCUUUCAGAAAUCUAAGUAAUUAUGGAAUCUUCUUAAAAGUAUAGUAUCUAUUAUGACUAAUAUUUCAAAAGUAUAGAAAGUAUUGUUAGCAACCUAAUAUAAUCCAACAUUCAAAUAUCAGAUAACCAGUUGUAAAAUAUUUGCUCUUUUUGCUUUAUAAAAACUGAUGAUCAUAGAUAGAUGAAUACAUUUAUUGCAUAUUUAAAGCUGAAUAGAUAUAAUUUAAAUGAGUAAAAACCUUAAUUGGUUUAAGAUAUAAUAUAAAAAUCUUUGUAGAUAAUUAAUCUUUAUAACUCAAAUGAACAAGAGUUCUAGUUUAAACAUACACUAUAAACUUAAGACAGUAGUUAUGUUAACCCAGAAGAAUUCCUUAAAUUUUAUGAUGAAUAUAAAAAGUAGUAUUACAAUUCUACUUUAUAUCAAAUAUCAGAUCUUAUAAACCAAUUAUAACGUAAAAUUUGUUAUUUUUAUUUAUAGAAAAAUAUAUUUUUAAUUAUCAUUUUUUGUAUUAGCAAUAUAGAAGAAGAGUUAUUAAUAUGA